UGAGAAGGUGAACGAAAAAUCAUCAUGGGUUGCCUGGAAGCCAGUGUGAUUUUCAUGGUCGCCACUUGCGCGUUGAGUGUGGUCGCGCGAAAGUUGGCCAAAAGACACCUCGUCGAACCGAACCAAGACCCGUCAAAGUCGUCAGCCUGGAUUUUGGCAGAAGAGGCCAUUGCCACUUUCGAGCUUUGUGCAGUCUGCUACGAGUUGUCUACGGUGUGUGAUCAUUUCGGUGCAUUGUACUACGGAAUCGGGCUGUUCUUGGCCGUCCUCUGGUGGGCCAUGACCUGGGAAGAGGCCAAAGCGUGUCCCUACUUCCACUUCGCUGACAUGUUGACCAGAAAACGUGGCAUGUUUGACGGGCUUUCCCGGAUCGCAGUGGAGACCGUCGCCGGACUUCUCGUCUACCCGUACGUGUGGACUUUUUGGGCUCUUGGACUUUCCACGGAACACCGACAGAAGGCGUUUGACUUGCGCUGCAUCACUGACAUGCAGGUGUCGCCAAUGAAUGCUGCCCUGGUUGAAGGAGCUGGAACAAUGGCAUGCGUUUUAUUCUCCCUGUACAUCAAUUCAAAGGCUUCCUGGAAGAUUUCAGCACCAUUAGACGCACUUGUCAGCUCUGUCUUGGUGUGCUUUGCAUUGAACUACACUGGCGGAUAUUACAACCCUGUCCUGGCAACUUCUUUGAAGUUGGGCUGCGAUAAUGAUGACUAUGUGGACCACUUGGCUGUUUACUGGCUGGCAUCUUCACUGGGAUGCAUUCCGCAGAUGUUGUACCCUCUUAUUCGAUCAUGA